GUUGGACUUACAGCUGUAACAAUGAUCGACAUCUCUUAGCGAACCUCGGGAGAAAAGACGAAAAAGUACUCCGACAAACAGGGACCUCAUUCAUUGGAAAGUGGCCAACGUCAGCAAGUCAGUCGCCGAGGAGGCGCAAAGAUGGUGCUCCGAAAAGUUCUCCUCCUGGGAAUCGUCCUUCUAGGGUUUGGCAAAAUCCAGGCAUCCACUGAGCAAUGUUCGAUCCUCGUGAACGGGGGACUGCCCGACCCCCAGCCCCUGAUCCUGAAACAAGGGCACGAAAAGGGGUUCGUCUACCCUAACGAAGUGGAAACGAAAAACAUCGUCUUGUCGAAAGGCGAAUCCUUUCGUCUGGCCUGUCCAGGGAGCAAAUUGGAGAUCCAAUCCCCAGAGUUCGUCGACGACGCGAUCGCGACCUGCGUCGGUGGGACGUCCUUCUCCAUAGGUCGACAAAGCGUCGUCGAAAAUUUCCGCGACAUCCGGUGCUCCAGUUACCCCAAAGUGGUGGCCCUCGGUACGAGCAAGACCUGUCCGAACGGAAAAGAGGGUGAAAUCGGAUUUUCCCUGAGCACAGGCGAGUUUUACAGGGUGAUCGACAUCUGCCACAACGCGACUUUGGCACACACUACCUUUGCUCACGCAAAAAUCCCAGCAGUGAUAGACGCCGCUCAAACGGGCUUCCCCAGGAUCUCGUUCCGCAAGGGUCCUUUCUACCGAGGAUUGUCAAUGGACUCGGCCUACAGCAGGGGAAAUCAACGUUCCACCCUGGCGAGGAUCCUGAAGAGCGAGGCCCUAGCCGAGAAGUACAUCCCUCGGACUGGGGAAACUUUUUUGACGAGGGGUCACCUGGUCGCCAAGGGGGACUUCAUCUAUGGCACCCAGCAGAGGGCCACCUUCUUCUACGCCAACACCGUGCCCACGUGGAACACCGUCAACUCCGGGAACUGGAUGAUCAUGGAGGCCGACGUGAAGACCUACGCAAUUCGGAAUAAAGUGGAUUUAGACGUGUACGUAGGCAGCCACGGGAUCCUAACUCUGCCGAACGCGACAGGCCAGAAGCAAGAAUUGCACCUUCACGUUACCGACAGGAUCACCGGGGUACCGAUCCCCAGGACCUUGUUCAAGGUGGUGUACGACUCGGCCAGGAAGAGAGGAGUCGUUUUCCUCACCGCGAACAACCCUUUCUUGCAGUCGGUACCGAGGGAGUACGUCAUCUGCAAGGACGUUUGCGAUGAAAUCAAGUACAUAUCCUGGAAAGCGACGAAGCUCGAAAGCGGAUUCUCUUAUUGCUGCGAAAUCGACGACUUCAGGCACGCUUUCCCUGGCUUGCCUGGGUUCGAAACCGUGGGAUUGCUUGUAUAAAUAAAACGUGAACGAUCGCCUGAACUUUGAACGUCAUCCGCUCGCUCGGUGAAACUCGGAGCCCGAAAUCACGGGCGCGAGACAAUUGGCUGUAACGAAUUCGCAUUAUGCGAGCAUGUUUAACAUGUAAAUGAGUCAUUGUCCAUGCCUGAGAGAAACUAUUAAAGAAUUCAUACUAAAAGAAGAGGUCACCGAUUCGUUAAUGAGCGCCUGCUGGAGACCAAGAGUGACCUGCAGGUGAAGCAACAAAGGCAGAUUCUGCCGUCUCCUAAACUCGACAGUAAAAUGACUAAGUCCAUUGUAGUAAUAGAAUUCCGUAGCGACAUUAAGAGCGUCCCUGACUUUUAGAAAUUACGAGGACACGUGCCACAUUUUUACCGAAUACCGGACAUUACACUCCGAACCGGUACGCGUGUCCAAUUAGAUGCAAGCAAACAAUGGCUCGUGCUACAAUUGUUUGACAAAAUUGGCCGUCGCCCACGACCAGUAAAUAUAAUAUCCCAGAUGAAAUUCUCUGAGUGCAUUAUACCGAUGAUUGAAACCAAUUAUAUUCCGGGAUAUUUCGAGUGGAUCCGAGGUGCCAAGAGUCGAGUCGAUGAGCCAUAAAGAUCCCCUUAUUUGGUUUUAAUGGCUUCCUGGGGCGCUCUUGGGACACGUGGAGAAAUAAACAGCCCAUUUGGUCCCGCUCGGCCGAGAGCAAAAAAAAUAAGCCAAAAUGAAGAAACGACCGCUACCCUUUACAUGUACUUACAUUUUAUUUCUGUACAGUUUUUAACACGCGGUACUGUGCUGGACUUGAUCCAUGGUUGUAUAAUUUUGAGACUGUACAACUAUAAACAGCGAUUGAUGGUC